GAAGCUGAUGAACAAACGCAGAUUUCGUGAGAUUCCGAUGAGUCUAUGCCGGAAUCGUGGUAUGUGAGACUUACCUACCGCCGGAAUCAUCAGCGAGAUAGACGGUUAAGACCAUCGGCGAAUGGAGUCAAAACGAAUCAAAGAUUGGCGAUGGAGAAGAAGGAUUCGUUGAAGGAUGGUCCAAUUUCUUGUUCCAGCAAGAUCAGUUUCAUACUCUUCCUCGCCGACAAUGAUCCCACCACCGGUCAAAGCUGGUGUCCAGCCGGUGACAGACCGGCGUGGAGAACUCGGACGCAUUCGUGGAGAGUUGAUUCUCGGUUUAAGCUCAUAGGAGUGCCAACUCUUGUUCGUUGGGAUGGUGACUCUGUUAAGGGACGGCUUGAGGAUCAUCAAGCUCACCUGAUUCUGCCCCUUCUUGCGCCAUCCACUUGAUUCGAUCGAUUUCUCGGUAAGUUUGUUCUCGGGGUUUAGGUUAAUGAAUCUCUAAUCUUCUUGGAAUAUUGAUUGAUAUUGUUCUAUGUUUGAGAGACUAUGGUGGGAUUGAGGAUUUCUUUGUGUUGUUUUCCAAUAAGUCAUCAUUCAUCUG